CUCUAACUCUAAAGACAAAGUGAAGUGAAAGUCUAUCUUAAUCUCAACUAGAUAGAUAGAUAUACUAAACCCCUUCCCUCAAAAACCCUCUCUUUCUCUUCCACUCUCCAAAUUCCUCAAUGGCUCUCUUCCAUUCUCACACUCUUCCACAUCAUCACAUACUAUCAACUCUUUCACCCUUUUCUUCCAAACCUCUUUCUAUUUCUCUCCCUUCCUCUUAUCCUCUCACAACAACAACUGACUUCAACAAUAAAACUCUUUCUCUCUCCACACUUCCUAGAAAGUUGCUUUCUAAACCAUCUAAUGGAAAACAUGUUAGAGAAGAUUAUCUUGUGAAUAAGUUAUCAGCACAAGAAAUCCAAGAGUUGGUGAAAGGAGAAAGAAAUGUUCCUCUUAUUAUUGAUUUUUACGCGACAUGGUGUGGUCCAUGCAUCUUAAUGGCUCAAGAACUUGAAAUGCUUGCAGUUGAGUACGAGGAAAAUGCGAUGAUUGUUAAGGUUGAUACAGAUGACGAGUAUGAAUUCGCACGCGACAUGCAGGUUAGAGGGUUGCCAACUCUUUUCUUUAUUAGUCCUGAUCCAAAAAAAGAUGCUAUUAGAACUGAAGGGCUUAUACCAAUACAAAUGAUGAGGGACAUCAUUGACAAAGAAAUGUGAAACAGUUAAGGCUACUCAUCACUUUUCAUAGUUGGAGUUGCUAGAUUUUGCAAUAUGAUGUUUGGUAUAAUUGUAGCAUAUUUGUGGACAUAAUUUAAAUGCUAACCAAUUCAUAUGAAUUUGAAUUUUGAGGUUUAUAAAAUGUAUGAUAAAUUAUGUAAUGUUUGAGGUCGACAUAUGUUGUAGUGUAUCACAUGUGAUUGUCUAAUAGAAAAUAGAAAGACAUUGUAACAUUAUUGGAUGUGUAUUCGAUCCAUCGAAUAUAAAAUUUGUUAUUGAGAGUGACAA